GAUUCAACAGAAGAAAAGUUACUUCGAAGAACACGAAGUGGUCUUAAAAAUAAUAAUAGGCAUGGAACUCUCAUUUCUAUUCUAUCGCCUAUAAACCAAUAAAUUAUCAGUCCAGUUCUUUGGUUUUAAAUUUUUUAAAGUCAUUAUCACGUUUUGGCCCACUUCAUGAAAAUAAAAUAAAGUCCUAAAUUAUUGCCAGUAAAAUUUAUGCUACUUUUAAAGUUGUUUUUCUUAUUUUUCAUCGGUGAAAGUCAAAAUUUCACUAAUUUAGCAUAAGGUAGCAUUGGUUAUUGAUAAUUGCACUGCACAUCCAAGUAUUGAGAAUCUUAAAUCCGUUUCUAUGUCCUUUCCCCCCCCCCCCCCCCUUUCCCUAAAUACGACAAUAUUUGCAGUUGAUGGAUCAAGGAGUCAAUAGAUCGUUGAAGUGAAUGUACCGAACUGAUUUAAUUAACAAGAUCAUAAAUGCAAUUGAUAACGGAAAACAAAGGCCUUAAAUCUUUAUACUUAAUGCUUUAAAAAUACUUAUUCAUUCUUGAAAUAAAGUUUUAGAAACCACUAUUAUUAAAUGGAUUAAAGAAAGAAGUAGGAGUACCAGACGAAGAUUAAGAAUACUUCCAUGCAAUAAAAAAUUCAAUUGAUCAGUUACGUCAGCAUAUUACGUCAAUAUGAUAUAAAAGUCAGUUAAAGUUGUUAAAUUAUAUAGUUUUUAUAACAAAUUUGAAGUUGAGUAUUUUUAUGCAUUUGGCAAUUUGUAACAACAAACUUUUGAGUAUUAUUGGAAUCCAAUAAUUUAUUCAAUUACAAGGAUUUUUGGCAAAUGAUCAAUUUCCUCUGAAAGAAUAUUGGAACAUUUCAAAUCUUAUAUGGAAUAUAGAAACAUCAGAGUUCUUGUGUCAGUCGAAUAGUUUUCCAAUGUGCUGCAGCUGUAGCAGUACUUGCUUUUUAUAUAAGACAUGCUGCAUUGACAUUUAUUGGAACAAAAAUGAUCCACUGCCAUUAUUUAAAUAUAUGGAUAAAAUUGUAAAUACAUCAAAAACUGUUAAAGACGCAGUGUGUGAAAGUUUAGCAUUUAAUGGUUAUAACCAAGGUCACUUUAGUGCAAGUUAUAUGAUGGUUCACUCAUGUUUAAAGGAAGCAAAUAUUGAAGAUAAAUAUCAGUGUACCAACAUAAGUACUGAAGAUUUAUUUCAAAAUAUACCUGUCAUUGGAUCUGAUAAAUUACUUUAUAGAAAUGCUGCAUGUGCAAAAUGUAAUUUUGCAAGCUAUGAACAGGUUAAUUUGACAAUACAAUGUUCGGGAAUAAAAUCUGGUAUUAAUUUAGGAACAAACCUGAAACCUGAAAAUAAAAAUAAAUGGCUAGAUAUUUUAGAAGAGUACAAAGGUUGUUCUACUGAUAUAGAGAAAAAUGGAUACAUUGAAAAGUAUAUACUACCAUGUGGUGUAGAAGACACUCAAAAUGACUUCGUAAAAAGUUGUCCCAUUGGAAAUCCGUAUCACAAUUUAUGCAAUUCAUAUUCGGGAAAACUUAAUAUAAACAAUAAGAUAUAUAAAAAUUUUGACUGUUAUAAAUGUGCUAAUAAUAAUCUGGGAAAUCUAAAUGAAGAUCAUUUUAUAUGCCGGCAACCGCCACCUAUUUUCGAAUCCAAUGAAUGGGGGGAAAUGAAUUGGGCUGUUUUAAUUAAUAUCAACAACAAAUCAAAAGUCAAAAAAUCAUAUAAGUUUAACUCUCCUGACAGCGCUUUCAAAUGCAGCGAUGGAUAUAUCCUCGACACUUUUACUAAUAAAUGCGAAAAAAGUGAAAAAGAAAAUAAAAACAAUAACUUAAUUUCGUAUGACUCUUCCUUAUUAAAAUGUCACUGGAAUAGUUAUUUGCACAAUGCUGGAUUUGAAAGCUUUAAUGACUGCUUGUUUUCACAACAACCAUCGUUAUUUUUAUUUGUAAAUGAUACAUCUAAUUUAACAGCUGUAAAUGAAAUGUUUUUGGAAGCAAUAAAUUCCUCCCUCGUUAUCUCUUCGAGUAAACUAAAAAAAGCAAACAAAAUUAUUUUCAGAACAAACGAAACUUUUACAUACGAAAAACUACAAUCUUUUCGAAAACAUCAAUCGACCAUUUUCAGUUAUGCAACUUCAGUGUUCAUUUCGUCGAUAAAAAAUCAAGAAAUCACCGAAAUGUAUGGAUUUGAUUUAACUAGAAGUUAUAAAAAUAAAAGAGUUUGUGCGCAACCAGAAACUAUCCGAGUUUCUGAUAACUAUUCUGCAUCAUCUUUCAACUCCGUUUAUUCUAAUAUAACUGAUGAGGAGGUAGUACUUUGGAUUGAUAUUGCACCGUCUGGAGUAGAAAACAAAUAUAUCAGCUUUUGCAAACUUUUUCAUUUACAACAAGCGUGUUUUUACAAUGUAAUCAAAAAUUUCACUUUAGAACCCAAUCAAACCAUUGUCUACUACUAUAACAAUAAACAUUUUACUUACCUCCCAAACGAAUACAUCCCACUUGCAAACGGUGUUGGUGUAUGUAAAGAAAGUGACAAAAAUAUUGCUUUGACAUGGAAAACUAAAGUUUUAAACGUUGCAAAUAUUAUAUCAAAUAUUGGGACAUCAGUAAGUGUACUGUGUUAUUUAACAAUCAUAAUUGUUUACACGUACUUUAAAGAACUUAGAACAUGGUCGAGUGUGACGUCAACAACUUUAUGUAUAAAUUUUUUUUUUGCUGAUUUUACAUUUUUAAUUUCAACACAAGUCAGCAAAAAAAGGUUAUGGUGCGAGGUAUUUUCCAUACUUUUACAUUGGUUUCUGUUGGUAGCUUACCAUAGUCUCCUUAUCUUAGCGCUUGACGUGGCUACAACGUUUGGUUCUUAUAAUCAUCGAUUUUCCAAACGGAAAAAGUUAAUUCAAUACUUUAUUGUAAUUUAUGUUAUACCAUCAAUAUAUUUAUUUAUAAAUGUUACUUUGGAAAAAACCGGUAUCGCGUAUAUUGGUUAUGGAGAUGGAGUGUGCUGGAUGCAAGAAUUUUACGCAAAGCUUUUUUCUUUUAUAAUUCCAAUUGUGAUUAUCAUUUUAACAUCGUUAUCGUGCUUGUUAUUUACCGUUUAUAAAAUCACUUUGUCAGAGAAAAAAAGCAACGACGUAUUUGGGGAAGGAAGAACAUCUCGAGUUGAUGUUGCAAGGGUAGCUUUAAAACUUACAUUAAUACUUGGAGUAAUUGAGUUAAUUGGUUUUGUUCAAAUAAGUAAAUCAUCGUUGUCAGAAGGAGAGGAGACCUUUAAUAUCAUUGUUGCAAUUAUAUACAUGGUUUUUAGAUCUGCAAAAGGAAUAUUGUUGUUUGUUGCUUAUAUUUGCACGCCAAAAGUUCAAAAAAUAAUUACGUCAAUUCGUUUCAUUCAAAUUAAAAGCAAAGGUAAGACUAACACAAGGCAAGAAAACUAUUCUUCAACGGCUUUCAGCUCAUUAUCUCAAUGAUUUAUUUGGAUAUUUUAAAAUAAGUAUUAUUUUAUUGAUAUAAUUCUAAAAGUAUAUACUUACAACAGAGAAAUAAAUAAACGAGAAAAAAUCAUUUACUAAGUUACAAAUAUAUACAUUUAUAAAAUUUAUACUAUAACUUUCGUUUAGUUAAGUGUCAGUUUUUAAAAAGUUUUUAUUUUAAUUUAAUUUUUGUAAUAGCAAACACGUUUUAAAUUUUACGACUUACGAAGAAAUAUUUUAUUUUAUUAGUGUUA